CGCCGCGGUAUCAUGGCGGAGGGGUGCGGUGUUCCGCUGCGGGCGGUGUUGCUGCUGUGGGCGCUGCGGGGUGCGGCCGGCGGCCUGCCCAACUUCGUGCUGCUGCUGGCGGAUGAUUUGGGCUUCGGAGACCUGGGGAGUUACGGCCACCCCUCCUCCGCCACUCCCCAUCUGGACCGGAUGGCGGCCCGAGGGCUUCGCUUCACCGAUUUCUACAGCAGCUCUGCGGUGUGCAGCCCUUCCCGGGCCGCCCUGCUGACCGGCCGCUUCCAGAUGCGCUCCGGGAUUUACCCUGGUGUGUUUUACCCUGGCUCCCGGGGAGGCCUUCCGCUGUCUGAGGUCACCAUUGCAGAGGUGCUGAAGACCAAAGGUUAUGCCACAGCCAUAAUUGGCAAAUGGCACCUCGGCCUGGGCGCUUGUGGCUCCUUCCUGCCCAUCCACCAGGGCUUUGACCACUUCCUGGGGGUGCCGUACUCCCACGACCAGGGCCCCUGUCAGAAUCUCACCUGCUUCCCACCCGACAUCAAGUGUUUUGGGACCUGUGACCAGGGCCUCGUGCCCGUCCCACUGUUCUGGAACCAAAGCAUCGUGCAGCAGCCGGUCUCAUUCCCUGAUCUGGUGCCUAUCUACAACAAAUUUGCACGGGACUUCAUUGCCGACUGCGCCCGGCGAGGUGUGCCCUUCCUGCUCUACUAUGCCUCCCAUCAUACCCACCAUCCCCAGUUUGCAAGCCAGGACUAUGCAGGACGGUCAGAGCGUGGGCCCUUUGGUGAUGCACUUUCGGAGUUUGAUGGCUCAGUGGGACAGCUGCUGCAGGCACUGCAGGAGAAUGGUCUGGAGAACACAACCUUUGUCUUUUUCACCUCUGACAACGGCCCUUCUACCAUGCGCAUGGCACGCGGAGGCAGCUCUGGCCUUCUGAAAUGUGGGAAGGGCACAACGUAUGAAGGUGGCAUGCGGGAACCAGCAGUGGCCUAUUGGCCAGGCCGUAUCACUCCAGGAGUGACUCAUGAGCUGGCAAGCACCUUGGACAUCCUGCCAACACUGACUGCCCUGGCUGGAGCAGCUCUUCCCAAUGUUUCCCUGGAUGGUUAUGACCUGAGUCCGCUGCUGUUUGAGUCAGGGAAGAGUCCCCGUCAGACCAUGUUCUUCUACCCACCAUCCCCUGAUCCACUGCUUGGCCCCUUUGCUGUCCGGCUUGGGAAGUACAAGGCCCACUACUUUACACAAGGUUCCUUUCACAGUGAUACAACCCCAGACCAGGCCUGCCAUGGGCUGACCCCGCUGACCCAUCAUGAGCCCCCACUGCUCUUUGACCUGGAGUCAGACCCUGCUGAGAACUACAAUUUGGUGCAGAGCACUGCAGGGCCAGAAGUUUGGCAAAUCCUGAAGGACAUCAAAUUGCAGAAGACACUUUUUGAGCAACGCAUGGAGUUUGGGGAAAGCCAGAUGAGGAAGGGCGGGGAUCCUGCCCUGGAACCCUGCUGCAAGCCAGACUGCACUCCCAAGCCCUCCUGCUGCUGUUGCUCAUAGCCUUUUGCUGCUCCACCCCCCUCUGCUGAUCCUAAACCCACCAGGACCCCCCCCCCGACUAACCAAUGUAGCCUCAGAGCUACCCCAGAGCUUCAGCUCAGUGAAGCUACUGACCAAGGGAGUGCUGGGCCAGUGAGCUGAGGGCUGAGGAGGCCACCAGCCCUGCUGGAUGUGCAGGUCAUUGUUGGACCUCCAAGCUGUUAUCUGUUAACAGAAACUCUGAGGGACCAGGGCACAAAAUCAUCAGCUGAGCCAGCACAGCUCCGUUCAAACUACAGUUAAGAUGAAGCACAGGGGGUGCCCUGGUGUAUAGAGAUCCCAACUCAGCGGUGUGCUGUGCAAUCCUUGUGGGAACAGUUGUGAGCUACAGCAUCACUGUCCAGGGGAUAAGAACACAGCGAAGAGCAGGAUGGGCUGGAUGGUCCUGACAGCUUCAGGGAUGAAGCUUUAUACAGCUAGUGCAGAGAGGACGUGCCAAUCAAUCACAGAACUGCUCAUGUUGGAAAAGACCUUAAAGAUCAUCAAGUCUAACCACAACCCAACCAUCCUACCCCAAC